AUGGAUGUUAACAUAUUUCAUUUUUUAUUUACAAAAACCAACCCAGGUGAGAAUUUUUCAUGUCCAAAAUGCAAAAUAUUAAUUUAUGACUUUGAUAAGGUCUCUGAAGUCUAUCAAUGCAAAAAUGGUAGUUGGGCAUGCAAAAAUUGUUGGAUUGAAAUAUUUAGAACAACCAAAGAAUGUCCAACCAAAGAAUGUAGAGUAGAGUCAAUCGAUAGUCUAUCAAGAUCAAGAUUCAUUGAAAAUGGAUUUGCAGGUAAAAACAUGGAUUGUCCAAAUUCACUUGUGCGAUCGAAUCCCAAUCACUAUGAAGGUAUAAAUGUCUUACUCGAUGACGAUGGUUGUAGAGACGUUGUCACUGUUGGAAAUUUAAGUUCUCACUUGAAAGGAUGUAUAUAUGCCUUUACAAAAUGUCCAAAUGAUGUCAAUGGUUGUACCGGUGAAUUUAGAUUAAAAAAUCUAGAUCAACAUUUACAAACUUGUGGUUUCCAAUUGGAGGAUUGCCCAAACUGUAAUAACAAAAUCAUCAGAAAAUCAAUAGAAGAACAUAUCGAUGAAGAGUGCUUAAAAACCAAAAUUAAAUGUCUUGAAUGUGGUUCAACAGUUGAAAGAGGUGAUAUGGAUUUUCACUUAGAUAAUGUUUGUCCAAAUAUAGUCAUUCCAUGUAUUCUUUGUGAUAAUGGAUGUGAUCUUUUAUUCAAAAGAUCAGAGCUAUCAAAUCAUUUACAAUCAAUUGAACACAUCUCGAAUCUAAAUAACAAAAUUGAUGAAUUGAAUGAAACACUUAAUGAUUUGCAAAUCUCUGAAUUAAAUCAAAAAGUUGAACAACUUGAAACAUUGCUAACUCAAGCAAGAGACGACCCAUUGGCUCAAAGAGAAAUCAAUCGAUUAAUCUCAAAACAAGAAAAGUUCAAAAGUGUUUGGGAUAUUAAAAACUUUUCAAAGAGACAGUUCCAAAAGGGUUUUUAUUUCUCUUCGCCAGUCAUCACUGUUGGUCAUCAUAGUUUCCAUUUAUGGUUGUAUCCAAAUGGUGAAACUUCACCAAGUAACAGCUUAUCCUUAUACUUGGUAUUAACCAAAGGAGAAAAAACAUUUGUUAACUUUUCUAUUUCAAUUAAAAAUCAUAACGGUAAUGAUUUAAAUAGUACAUUUGAAAAUGAUAAAUGUUUAGAGGUUGGUGGUACAAGAUGGGGAUGGGCAUUUGAAAAGGAUUUCAAAACUGGAGGAUAUUUGAAAAAUGAUACACUUUCAAUUCAAUUUACUGUUGCUAUUAAAAAGCAACCACUCAUAACUGAUAUUUUGAGUGUUCAAUAA